AUGGCCUCCCAAGUGUGUCAGAACUACCACAAGGACUGUGAGGAUGCUGUUAACAAGCAGAUCAACCUGGAGCUCUAUUCCUCCUAUGUUUACCUCUCCAUGUUCUCUUACUUUGACCGGGAUGAUGUUGCCCUGCGUCACUUUGCUGAGUUCUUCAAGGAGCAGUCCCAUGAGGAAAGGGAACAUGCUGAGAAACUGAUGGCAUUCCAGAAUAAACGUGGAGGCAGGGUCCUCCUGCAGGACAUCAAGAAGUCAGAGCAGGAUGAGUGGGGCAAUGGUCUGGAGGCAAUGCAGAGAGCUCAGCAGAUGGAGAAGGAUGUGAACCAGAGUCUGCUGGAUCUGCACAAACUCGCCUCUGGCAACACUGACCCUCAUCUGUGUGACUUCCUGGAGAGGCACUACUUGGAUGAGCAAGUGAAGAUGAUCAAGAAGCUGGGAGAUCACAUCACCAACCUGAAGAGACUGGGAGCCCCUGCCAAUGGCACGGGAGAGUACCUGUUUGACAGGCUCUCACUGGAGGACAGUGACUGA